AUGCAGCACGUGGCCGCUCCGUUACACUAGAGGGCGCCACAUACACACUUUACCCGAAAGUUGCUCAUGGGAAAAGAAGCUUCUAGUUCAUUCAAGGAGCAGAGCAACUUCACGAAAACCAGAGGAAAAUGUCCAACCCGAGUCCAGUGUCCAAACCCGGCAAUGCAAACAACCCGAGGGUUUUCUUCGAUGUAGAAAUCGGAGGUGGAAAAGUUGGCCGCAUCGUGUUCGAGCUCUUCGCUGACGUCGUCCCGAAAACGGCAGAGAAUUUCCGCGCUCUGUGCACCGGCGAGAAAGGGCUCGGAAAAAGCACCGGGAAACCCCUGCACUUCAAGGGAUGUCCUUUUCACCGCAUCAUCAAGAAGUUCAUGGUGCAGGCAGGAGAUUUCUCCAAUCAGAACGGCACCGGAGGAGAGAGUAUCUACGGGGAAAAAUUUGAGGAUGAAAACUUCCACUAUAAGCAUGACAAAGAGGGCUUGCUGAGUAUGGCGAACGCGGGGCCAAACACCAACGGCUCGCAGUUCUUUAUCACCACUGUGCCUACACCUCACCUAGACGGCAAGCACGUGGUGUUCGGGCAGGUGCUGAAGGGCAUGGGCGUGGUCAAGAUGCUGGAGGCCAUCGACACCGAGGAAGAGCAUCCGGUCAAGCCAUGUAUCAUUGCUGAUUGUGGAGAGCAUAAAGCAGGCGAUGAUUGGGGCGUGGCUCCUAAUGAUGGCUCCGGAGACGUGCACUCGGACUUCCCAGAGGACUCGGAUGUGGACUUUAACAACGCUGAUAAAGUCUUGUCCGUGGCGGAGGACAUCAAAACCAUCGGAAACAACUUUUUUAAAGCCCAGAACUGGGAGGCUGCUAUGAAGAAGUACUCCAAAGCCCUGAGGUAUUUAGAGUUAUGUGGCAGUAACGUGGAAGAUGACAGCGAGCAGAAAAAGCUGGAACCCACGGCCCUGAGCUGCAUCCUCAACACGGCAGCCUGCAAACUGAAACUGCAGCAGUGGCAGGAAGCCAUCGAGAGCUGCAAUGAAGCUCUGGAGCUGAAUCAGACCCAUGCUAAAGCUUUGUUCAGGAGAGCGCAGGCUUGGCAAGGCCUCAAGGAGUUCAACAAGGCAAUGAUCGAUCUGAAGAAAGCACAAGAGACUGCACCAGACGACAAAGCUAUUGCAAACGAGAUGCUGAGGGUCAAGCAGAAGGUGAAGGAGGAGACUGAGAGAGAAAAGAAGAUCUACUCCAAAAUGUUUGCGUAAACGAGUCGUGCCGUGUUUUACGUGCCGAUCGACACGUCCUCAUGUCCCUUUACUCAACAUAAUGGCACUUAUGUAGAGAACAUGGAGAAAAAGUACAGCCAGGAAUCUCAGCUCUGAGAAAGAAAUGCAGUUUGAAGGGAGAUAAUAUGCCGUGUGGGAACGUUGUGAACGUGAAGGCCUGACACGUGGCUGCGUAUAGACUACUGUGUGAAAUGUUUAUUUAAUCAGAAACCAGGCUGAAGACUGUUGUUGUAUUUAUUUGUUUUGAGUUUGCUGUUGAUCGGUUUGACGUCCACACAACCAACGUGGUGAUGUUUUAAGAAAUCAAAGAAUAAAACUGCUGCUUGAGGGUUA